GUCAAGUCACGUGACACGAUCGACAUCGGAAAAUAGAGGUUUGAGGCCACGAGGUUUUCGAUAUUCGAAAAUUCAUUUAUUUACCGGCUCAUAAACUGACGUUUUUUAAGUGUUUACCAUGCCCUCGAGCAAUCCUUUACCGCCGAAAGAGAAUGCCCUCUUUAAACGGAUUUUGAAAAGCUACGAGCACAAACAGUACAAAAAUGGGCUGAAAUUCGCCAAGCAAAUCCUGACAAAUCCAAAAUUUCAGGAACAUGGAGAAACUUUAGCCAUGAAAGGAUUAACAUUAAACUGUUUGGGACGAAAAGAUGAAGCUUAUGAAUAUGUCAGGCGUGGACUUAGGAAUGAUUUGAAGUCUCAUGUCUGUUGGCAUGUUUAUGGACUUUUACAGAGGUCUGACAAGAAAUACGAUGAAGCGAUCAAGUGUUACCGAAACGCUCUUAAGUGGGAAAAGGACAAUAUUCAGAUCCUCAGGGACUUAUCUCUGUUACAAAUACAAAUGCGUGAUUUGGAAGGUUACAGAGACACAAGAUAUCAACUGCUCAUGCUCAGACCAACCCAACGUGCUUCCUGGAUCGGUUACGCGAUGUCUUUCCACCUUUUAGAAGACUAUAAAAAUGCCUUAAGUAUAUUGGAAACCUUUUUAAAUCAGCAGCAGAGGUUAAAUAAUUUCGAUUACGAACACAGCGAGCUCUUACUGUACCAAAACUUAGUGAUUCAAGAGUCCGGCGAUUUAAACUUGGCCCUCAAGCAUUUGGAGAAGAAUGCCGAUCAAAUUGUGGAUAAAUUGACGUUUAAAGAGAACUUGGCUAGUCUGCACCUGCGAUUGGAGCAUUUCGGGAAGGCGGCCGCCAUUUAUGGCGAACUGAUCCAGAGGAAUCCGGAAAACACUUUGUAUUAUAAGAAGUUGAUCGAGGCGCAACAAUUGACCAACCAGAAUGAGAUCGUGAAGUUUUAUCAGAAGUAUGCUAAGAAGUUUCCUAGGGCGUCACCACCCAGAAGGUUACCGCUUAACUACGCUACUGGUGAGCAAUUUAGAGUGUUAGUGGACGAGUACAUGCGAAAAGCCUUAACGAAAGGGGUGCCGCCCCUGUUCGUCGACUUAAGAAAUUUAUACACAGACCCCCAGAAAGUGCAGAUUAUUCAGGAAUUAGCUUUAGGUUAUGUAGAGUCGUUAAAAAAAGUAAACAAAUACAGCGAGACGGAAUCGUCGAACGGUCCUAAAGAGCCCGCGAGCGCCAUCUUGUGGGUCUAUUAUUUCCUAGCUCAACAUUAUGAUUAUUUGAAAGAAACCGACAAAGCCUUAGAGUAUAUUGAGACUGCCAUCGAGCACACGCCUACUUUAAUCGAACUCUUUGUGACGAAAGGACGAAUAUUUAAGCAUGCAGGUGAUCCAGUUGAAGCCUAUCAGUGUUUGGACGAGGCCCAAGCGAUGGAUACCGCCGAUAGAUAUAUUAAUUCGAAGUGUGCCAAGUACAUGUUAAGGGCUAAUUUGCUAAAAGAGGCCGAGGACACCUGUGCAAAGUUCACGCGCGAAGGCGUCUCGGCGAUGGAAAACCUAAACGAGAUGCAGUGCAUGUGGUUUCAAACCGAGUGUGCGCUGGCGUAUCAACGUUUAGGAAAAUACGGCGAGGCCCUUAAAAAAUGCCACGAAAUUGAUAGGCAUUUCUCGGAAAUAAUCGAGGACCAAUUCGACUUUCACACGUACUGCAUGAGAAAAAUGACCCUGAGGUCGUACGUCGGACUGUUGAGGUUAGAGGACGUGCUGCGAGGUCACCCGUUUUACUUUAAAGCUGCCAAAUGUGCCGUCGAGGUCUACUUGCAUUUGUUCGAUUCGCCUUUGAAGGACGAGAAUGCGGAACAGGAGUUAAAUACAGAGACCCUGAGUCCAUCAGAACUGAAGAAACUGAAAAACAAACAGAGGAAAGCAAAAAAGAAGGCGGAGCAGGAAAGCGCGCAGGCGCGCGAAGCUCAAGUUAAAAGGGAUCAGCACCACAAGUCGAGACAGCAGGGGGAUGUUGAAGCAGACACGCCUCAAUUGGACGAGUUGAUUCCCGAUAAACUGGCCAGAGUUGACGACCCUUUAGAGCAAGCAAUCAAAUUCCUACAACCGUUACAAACUCUAGCGAGGGAUAGGAUUGAAACCCAUCUGAUGGCCUUUGAAGUUUAUUAUAGGAAAAGAAAAAUCCUUUUGAUGUUGCAAUCGAUAAAACGUGCCCACCAAGUGGAUCCGAGCCACCCUAAACUACACAGCUGCCUCAUUAGAUUCUUGCAAGUUUUUAAGGAAAACGAGAAGAAUGUGGAUCCGGCGGUCCUGGAAGUUAUCGCGACGGAAACAAAAUCCCUGUUCAGUACCAAAGACGAGAAAGUCCUUAACAAGGAGUUCCUAGAGAAACGCAAGGACAGCCUUAGGGCGGCCUUAGAAGGAGCCAAAUCGAUGUAUCUAUUGGAUAAGACGUUACAGAAGGACGCCCUCAGCCUAGUCACUGAGAACUUUGAUAAAUACACUGAUGUAGAUAUUGACAUAUGUACAGAAAUCCUAAAAAACCUCCGCAACGCCACCUUUGGACCGUGCGACCAAUCGCAUAUCGAUAAGUUCGUCGCUCUCUGUCACAAACGUUUCCGACACGCGGUCGCGUUCAAACCGCCACAAGAGGCCACGCCCCCACGCGAUCAACAGACCAAUCACGUGACGGAACAGGACAGCAACUGAUGGAGGUGACGUACGGUUCGGAGUGGGGGAGGGGCGGAGCUUAGGGAUCAGUGGCGGGUGUGUAGAGACAAUUUUAAAAUGAGCAGUUUUUUUUUGUCUUGUGUUAGGACCGAGCUGUGAGGAUUAAAGGUUUUCUUUGAUGAUUGGGCUGUUUGUUGUUUGUUUUCUUUAUUAUAUGGAUAGUUGGGUAUUUGGUGGGUCAUUUUAAGGCUAGGGUGUUCUUGGGAGGUCAGUUUGGAUACAGUUAAAUUAGAAAUUUGUGGUGUGUUUCACGUGUAACUGUGGCGAUUGGCCGUUAAGGCUAAAAUAGUAUGACGAAUGCAUCCGGUAUUUUCCACUGUUGUUGUUUAUAUUGAAGUUAAAGUUGCAACAAUGUAUAAGCUAAAAACGUUUAAAAGAAAUAAUUUUUUACCUUUAAUCGAUGUUGACCAUUUUUUUUAAAUAUCCAACGCCUUUUUGCAGAAAAAACGUUGGCCACAGUUUAUCGUAGAACAAUCUGCAUACUAAGGAAGCGGAAGUUAUUUCCGUAUACUUCUCCACCAAAUAUCUAACUUAGACUAAAAUUUUUGUUCAGUAUCAAACCUAAAUUAAUUUUUCUUAGCAAAAUUUUAACGCUCUAGUUAAUUUUUUUUGAUAAGGCGGUUUCAGUGUAAAUUUAAAGUGGAAUGGAUCAAAAGCAGAUCAGAAAGUUAAUUACAUUUUUUUUAUAAAUAAGCCAUUUACUUGCAUAAGGAAAAAACAAAAAAAAAGUUAUUUUUAUAUAUAAUUCUCUUAGGUGUCCCAAAUUUGAGUCAUACCAUUAAUAGAUAUAAGGUGCGCCAACUAAAUCUUCCCUAUUUGAAUAUUGAAACUCCGUCAUUUUCCACCUGAUUUAGACAAAUGAAAAAAGAAAAGAUUUGUUAGGUGACUUUAGUUAAAUGAAAAGAUUUGUUUAGGAUCUACAAUGAAAUUUAUUGUAAAUUAGGUCAGAAUACAAUAUCGACCAAAUAACCGCCUUCAUUCGACACACAAAAAGCGGCCUUUUUCGGACAUUUAAAUUAGUAAUUGACAACAUUUCAGACCUAAUAGCAGCAUUUCCUGUUCAUAUUAACGUUUAGUUUUUUAGUAUUCUUCUGUUUGCUAGCAUACAUCUUACUUUUCAAGUAGCCCCGCAGAAAAAAGUCCGGUGCCGUCAAAUCCGGAGAGCGAGGAGGCCAAUCCAAGUCACCUUUUUUCGACGCGACGCAUUUCUGGGAACCUGCUCUGGAAAAAACUUCAUCGUAGCGAUUGCGUAAUAGCAAGAUCUUUUUGAGAAUAGGAGUUCAUCAGACCAUGUUUACACAUUUCCGGACAAAGUGUGAUAAAAUCGCACUUUUUGAAACGACGCCAUUUUGGAAACACUUUUUCACUACUUCAAUAAUUUUAUUAGAGCGUCGCGGACAUUUUCGACUGUUGUUUCGGUGUGUAUCGACCCAUGACGUGGCAUUUAAUGAAGUUUCAGAAUAUUGCUCAUCAAAACCGGAUAAGAUAUGGUGUUAUUCAAUGUUAAAAUAGGAAAGACCUAGAUGGCGCACAUGUCUACUAUUUGAUCUUUGUUCCUGCCGAUUCAAAAAUGAUUGAAUUAAGAAAAUUGACCUAUUUUUUAAAAGAGACAUCCUGAUGUAUAUUGCGACAUCAAUCGAAUUUUCCAUUUUUAACUUGAGGCUAAAAACAACCGACUUAUAAACACAUAAGUUAUUUCACUUUUACCCCAUUCUACUCUAUGUUUGCGCAUUUUUAUAUAACACUUAUUUUAUAUAGCACCCCUUAAACUUUUCCAAUUACUUUUACCACAUAAAAAUGGAAAUUUCCCCCGGGUGUAUUUUCGUUAUCCACUUCAAUAUUUAGCGUUUAAUUUAACAUCUUACCCUAUAAACGGUACAUAUAAUCCUCGGCGGUGUAUGUAUGGUUAUGUUUGUUCCAUUAAUUUUUUUUUAAAUUACUUAUAUCCGUAUAGUAAUGCAGGGUGGCCCACUCUUUCAAAUGAUUAAACAACGUGUUUAAAAAUUUAGAUGCAAGUGAUCUUAAGUUCAAACAAUUUUUAUAUACCGGGUGUUUUAUUGGUUGAGGCGGUUGAUACCAACUUCGUUUUACCCUUGAAUAAAAUGAUUGUUAACUUAUAGAAAAGAACGUAAAGUUAUCUACAGUUUUUAUACCGGAAUUAAAAAAUACGCGAAAUUUUUUCAAAAAAAAAUGCAUGUGUCAAGGUCAUAAUGAGGGCAAGAAAGCAAGAUUAGAUUAAAGUUGUCCGAGAAAAAAGUAGGUAUAUAUAUUAACCAAAAAUCCGCGACCUUGAAACCGAUUUUCAAGGUUAUUUCAAUGAGGAGGUGCACACUUUUGUUUCAUGAUGCAUUUUAGUCCGUUUUUUCCCAGAGGUGUUAUGCGGCACAAGACCCAAUUGCUUUAGUUGAAAAUGAACAGUUUUUGGCUGCAGAUAUUUUCAUUCAUUCCUCUCAAAUGAUGGAAUGGAUUCUGAAGAGAACUCUAAUGAAGAUCAAGUUCUUUCAGUUAUUAAUCACUCUUUUCCAUAAUUUGUUUCUGCUAAAGCACCCGGUAGAAAUUUCAACAUAACCCUGUAUAUGGAAAAAUGUAAUAAAAUUGAACUUUGAGGCUUGGUGGUGGGCCGCUCUGUAUAGUACGAUGUUUUUUUAAAGUAAACAACCCAAUGUAAUUUGAUAAUUUUUCGUUUAAUAUUAUAAUUUAAUUCCACUUUAUCGAACCCUUUACUUCCACUUUACUUUAGAGAAAACCGUACGUAACGGGUUAAAAGGGCGAUUUGAUGUUAUCAAAUAACAAAAACGAAUUGGCGCCAUAACCGAGAGUAACAAAUAAUUCCUCGAGUGAAAUCGUCGUUUUAACCCCAAUGUAUAAAUUAUGAUACUUUUGAUUUAUUUUAUUAUUUAUAUAAUCCGAUAUAAAUUUUGUUCUGCUUUUUAUUUGUAUAAAGAUUGUAAAAUAUCGAAUGAUGGGAGUUUGCGGCGUGGCUCGUAUUGACCCUACGAGUCCGUUCAUAGUCAAGUAAUAAAUGCAGUGAUUUGUA